UUUCCGGUCGGAGGGAGGCGAGUGCUAGUGCGCAAGCGCGAAUCCUGCUUCUGGCUUUCUCUCUCCCCUCCCCCUCCCUUCCCCAGCCCGAGGGGUCCCGAGGUGACAGCGCCUGGAAGUGCGACUGGAGGGAGCCGGAGGAGGAGACCAUGGACAGGGCCAGGCCUAGGCGUCGGCGAUCUUCGUCGGAGAUUGUCACAGAGGGAAAAAGGAAAAAGUCAUCACCCGCUGAUUUAGAGGAGAUAACAAAGCUCCUAGCUGUCAAGUCAGAGGAUGCUCUUGCUCCAUCACCAUUGUCCAAACGUGGAGGCUCAGAACGCUGGGAUCUCCCCCUGGAGGGGUGGACAAGAAGCCUAAGAAAUAAAGUCAUCUGUCUAGACCACAAAACCAAAAAAACUGUCCAUGGGCGUCCUUCUAAGGCAUCGCCAGAAAGGCAUCUCAGAGUUAUGUUGACGAAUGUUCUAUGGACGGAUUUAGGACGAAAAUUCAGAAAGACCCUACCUAGAAAUGAUGCUAAUUUAUGUGAUGCCAGCAAGGUGCAAUCAGACUCAUUGCCUUCGACAUCUGUUGACAGCAUAGAGACAUGUCAAAAAUUAGAUCUUCUUCACCAAAGCCUUAAUUUAUCUGAAAGGAUACCCAGAGUUAUAUUGACGGAUAUUCUGCGAACGGAGUUAGGAAGAAAAUACUUAAAGAUCCCACCUCUAACUGAGGCCAGUUUGAGUGAUACAGCCAACCUGAAGUCAGAGCAACUUUCUUCAUCAUCUGAUGGCAGCUUAGAGUCUUGUCAGAAUGUAAGCCAUCACAAGAACUUUUUAUCUGAAAGGGGCUCAAAACCAAGGAAGACAGACAGCAUUUCUGCAAAGCAUGCUCCACAUGAGAAAGAAAAGCACAGAGAUGAUGGUGGCAUUUCUUCUGAGACAUCUGGUACUCAGCCUAAAGACCUUAAUAAUGGAAAUACAGGUUGUGAUUGUCUUGAAGAGGGGACCAGCAGCAAGAACGCUUCAUAUUCUUGUUCAGAGAUGGAGCAUACUCCAGUUUCCAGGAAGAGAAAGAAAAGGGUUAGGAGUAAUUUAUGUGAUUCUCAUAGUUCUAAGUCUUCAUCGGAUGUGUCAACAGAAUGUGUGAAAGAAGAAAAAAAUGGCUCAACAGCCUCCAGCAAGCUUGGAGAGUCAAGUGAAACCUCUCACGAGGACCCGGCACCACCUGAGGGACUCACACCUGAGCCUUUAGAGGGUGAGGCCAGCAGACUAUGCUCCCGUGCAGAUCAGGAGUCAGGUGGUGGUGCUGCCUCUGGAAGGGCCUGCUCACCCAGCAAGAGCCCGGAGAGCUGUGGUUCUAGCGAUGUGGUGGAGAAUUCUUCCCUGGCAGUGAAGGGCGAGGAGCAGACCAUCAAAGAAACAUCUCUUCUAGGUGGAAACAGUGAAGAGAACCAAUUGUUGAUCUCGGCUGAACCAAUUGUUGUUUCCAGUGAUGAGGAAGGACCAGUUGAACAUAAGAAUUCAGCAGUUGCAAGUUUACAGCCUGGUGAAGAUUAUGAGCUUCUGAGUGGGAAUGAGCGAAUGCCUGCUUCACAGUCCUCAGAACCACUGCUGGGUGCAUGUGAAUCUGUGCAGGUGUCAUCUGAAUUAUGUCCAUACAGUCCUGACCUGGAAAAUAUUUCCUGUAGUAAACCUAAUAAUGAGAUGGAUCUGAAACUGGAUUUUACAUUUACUUCUGUGUAUAUUGGUAAAAUAAAAGGAGCUUCAAAAGGUUGUGUCACGUUAACAACGAAGUAUAUUAAAAUCCCAUUUCAAGUGUCCAUGAAUGAGGUUUCCUUGUUAGUGGACACCGCACAUUUAAAGAAGUUCGGGCUGUGGAAAAGCAAGGAUGGUGACCACAGUAACAGGGGCCAUGCUAUCCUCUUCCUCUGGGUUCCCUCAAAGUACCUUGAAGAGAUUCAGACCCUGUUAGAAAACCCUCUGUUAAGCCAGCAAUCAAAAGCCAGUGAAUUCAUUUUCCUUGAGUUAAACAGUUCCAUUUCACAAAGAGAAGAAUUGAAAUUGAAAGAUAUUAUGAUGGAAAUAAGUACGACCAAUGGACAAUUAGAACUCUCUUACCCAUUGUCUUGGGUUCAGGCGUUUCCUUUGUUUCAGGAUCUCUCUUCAAAAGAAAGCUCUUUUAUUCAUUAUUACUGUGCUUCAGCUUGCUCUUUCCCCGUUGCUGCUGAUGCAGAAAUGAAGAGGAAGUCAAUAUCUCAGCCCUCAAAUUCAGAUGCCACCAAGCCCACUUACACCUUCCUUCAGAAACAAAGCAGUGGCUGCUACUCACUUUCUAUUACUUCAAGUCCGGACGAAGAAUGGCGAGAAGUCAGGCCCACUGGACCCGUUCAGAAGUUGAUUGUUUACCCUCCACCACCUACCAAGGGGGGCUUGGGAGUAACUAAUGAAGAUCUGGAAUGCUUAGAGGAAGGAGAGUUUCUUAACGAUGUGAUCAUUGAUUUUUACCUUAAGUAUCUUCUACUGGAGAAGGCUUCAGAUGAGCUUGUUGAACGAAGUCACAUUUUUAGUAGCUUUUUCUAUAAAUGCUUGACAAGAAAGGAAAAUAAUAUAACAGAAGAUAAUCCAGACCUCUCAAUGGCUCAGAGAAGACACAAAAGAGUUAGAACAUGGACUCGGCACAUAAACAUCUUUAAUAAAGACUACAUCUUUGUACCUGUAAAUGAAUCGUCUCACUGGUAUCUUGCAGUCAUUUGCUUUCCAUGGCUAGAAGAAGCUGUGUAUGAAGAUUUCCCACAGACUGUGUCCCAACAGUUCCAGGACCAGCAGUCUCAACAUGACAACAAAACUAUAGAUAAUGAAGUGCGUCCCGCUUCAGCAGUGUCUGCAGGUGCGGAGGAUUCCCAAAGUACUGAGAUGAAUAUGCCAGCACCAAAGAAAAUGUGUAAACGGCCGUGUAUUCUCAUACUAGAUUCCUUGAAAGCUGCUUCUAUCCAAAACACAGUUCAGAACUUACGGGAGUAUUUAGAGGUAGAGUGGGAAGUUAAGCGAAAAACGCACCGUGAGUUCAGUAAAGCAAACAUGGUCGAUCUAUGUCCUAAAGUCCCUAAGCAGGACAACAGCAGCGACUGUGGAGUCUAUUUAUUGCAGUAUGUGGAAAGCUUCUUCCAGGAUCCCAUCGUUAACUUUGAGCUGCCAAUUCACUUGGAGAAAUGGUUUCCUCGCCAUGUGAUAAAGACCAAGCGGGAAGAUAUUCGAGAGCUCAUUUUGAAGCUUCAUUUACAACAGCAGAAGGGCAGCAGUAGCUAGUUAAUCUGUGCACACAUGGUGCGUGCUCUCUAAGCUUACUGCAAAGCCGCUUACCAGCAUUUGUGUCAGCUUACAGAGAAGAAAGGAACUUGCAGUAGUUCAUAAGUCGUUCACAUGUAUAUACGAUCGUGUUUGAGACAUUGGCCUCUUACAGUUGAAGGUGAAGUAGAAGCACU